GUAAAUAUUUCUUUUUAUCCAAUCAUAUACAAUUAACUGAUAAACAGAAUUACAUUUGUAUAACCUAAUUAGUUUAAAAGAAAAAUAUAGUAUACACUUACUUUUUUCCUCCCAGUAAACAAAUACGUCCAAUAAUUAGUUCACUUAUGUGAAAAGGAAACAUCAUUUAUAAAUAUAAUUUGAAAAAGAAAAGACUAGAAUUGUUAUUAUUGCUGUUUACGUUAUAAUCUGAGAAUUCAUUGUUAUUAGGAUUCGGUAGGGGAAAUAAAACAGUUGGCUGUAUACAUUUUUUGUAAGUUAGAUUUUUCUCUAUAAUAUAUAAUGGAUAAUUAUGGGUUGACAUAAGACGGUAGGAGAUUUUAAAUUUUAAAAUAUAAUUAAAAAUUAUACUGAUGUAAUUUUUUUUUGUUUUUUGAUUUCAUUUCAUUGUUGCUGUUUUUUUUGUUUCUACAGUUUCUAAAGUGAAUUCUCUAGGAAAAUAUUCUGUUUUUUAAUCAACUGACCUAAAUUAUUGAAAUUUUUUGUCUUAUAAAUUAAACAAACCACACGUUAAAUCAAUUAGUGUCUUAAUUCAGUUUUGAUAUUAAUUCAUUGUGUAAGAAAUUUUAGAAUUUAUUUAACACUAAAUGAAAUUUAAAAUGGAAUAUUUGCAUGAUAACAAGUGAUUACACUUAUGGUAUAUGUUAUGAAAUUAAACCGAACUUGUUCAAUGAAGGUGCUCAAUCUCUAGUUUAAGUGUAUUUAUAGACUGAGCUCGAAUCGACUGAUUACUUUCUCUAAUAUUAUGAAGAUUUUUAUCUAACUAAGUGAACGUUAAACAUUUAUUUUACUAUACUUCAUUCUCUAUGUCUUUUAUUGAAUGUGUUGAGGUGAUCCUGAAAAUUUCUCACAAUAGACAAGAAAGGCUCAGGAAACAUUAAGAAGCAUUUUAUCCAAUCAGCGUUGACCAGACGUUUUGCCAGAAACAUCACGAAAAUGAAACGUCAUAUGUAGAGUUCCUGAUUGGCUGAUUACUACACUGCUACUAUGUUUAGUAGCAUUCCAGAAUUUUCAGGAAAACCCAAGGACUUCUAAAAUACUAUGAAAACCUUAUAUUUUCCUUACACAAAUGAACCUUUGGGGUAAAGUGCUUUUCAUAUAUUUUGCGCCUUUUCUCUCGUGUUGAAGUCGCUGUGUAGAUUUAGCUUGGUGUUUACGAGACUAGCUUAGGAUCCGAGUAUAGCGUUCAAUUUGCAAGACUUAUCAGAAUGACACAUUGGGUAAGAAUGCCAGUAUUUGCAUUUUAAAUCCUCGUAGUGUCACUAAUUAAGCCAACGAAUACUUUGUGAUUACACAACUUAUAAAUCUAUAAAGUUCAACCCAAUCUAUAUUGUUUAGAUACGGAACUGACAUCCAUAAAUGUAAUAUCUAUGAUAUAAUAAUGAAUGAGUUAGUAUAACCAUAACCAAGAAUCCAUUUAACAGUCUUUAUGUUGUGUUAUCGUUUCAAUGGUGAUUAAUUUUUAAACAUGUGUUACUUAUAUUUGAUAAUUUCAUUGAAUCACGUUUUUCAAAUAUUUAUGUAAGGACGGCCCGUCGGUAGACUCUAGAAAACCCUAAGAAGCCCAGGAAGAGCCGCAGACAUUCCAUCCAAUCACGGCUAGGGGACUGUUCUAGAAAUGCCAACGUGGAGCUUCUCCAUUGGAUGGAUUAGUUUGAUACCUAUGUGCUUAUUGGUUGACCUAAAUGAUAAUUUAUUUUCAGCCAAUAACUAUAAAUACACGAGAUUUCUGUGCUAUAUUUUGACACUGUUCGGGGCAAUAACUUCCUGCUUACCAGUCUUUGUCUUCUCUCUCUUUGCGACGUUGCGGUUUCUAUCGUUCAAGUAGUCAAGUAUUUCGCGGCAUAUUAAGAAUCAAGGCUCUAGAUAUAACAAUUUAUAAAAUUCAUAUACUUCUUUUUUUUAUUGUAUAUACUUAUUGAAAAUUUCCCUAGGUUGACAAAUGUAAAUUAUAAUUGAAAUAAUAAUCUAUGAAAAACAGAUUAUUCAUUCUCUUUCUUAUAUUGUAAAAUAAAAGUUUAUAUAAGGUUGUAGUGAACAAGAACUAAAGUGGGGACAAUUGAAUGUAUUUAAGCACAAAUUACAGACUAUCUCAAUAAAAUCUGACAAUCAUACAGUGAAUAGUUAAUUUUCAAAAUAACAAUUAAUUGUUUCGAUAUUAACUGUUCCUUCUGGAAAUAUCAAUCCGUCUUCUCUGAUUUCCUUGUUCAUGGAUUUUCGUACCGAUUGCGCUUCAUUUCUGUUCUUUCCUUAUCGAGAUUCUGCCAAAAUAUAUUCUAUGUCCGACUACCACCAUAUACUACUUAUGUGGAUAUAAGUAGACUACACCACAGGAUAAGAAAACUUUGAAAAAAUCAAAGUUUUCAUGUAAAUGUUUUAAAAGAUUAACAAAACUUAGAUGUAUAUCAGUUAAUUGUUUUAGAUUACUUAAUAUUACAUAAGAGCUAUUCCUUUUGAUUUUAUCUAUCAUAUAAGUUAAUAAUAUUAUAAACUUGUUUGAUUUUAUCUCUUACUGACAAAGUGAUUCAUUUCUAAUUUAUCUUUAGUUAUGUUAGUAACAUUAAGCAAGAAAAUAAGUUGUUUUUUAUUAGAUGUUUACAAAAAAAGCCGUUUUAAAGAAUAUAUAUAUUAAGCUGCAGCUGUUUAUUCGCCGAACAUCUUUUGAUUUUCUGUAUAGAAUCUAUUUCUAUAUUCAUAUUUACAAUAUACUUACCAUAAGGUGAUUAAUUCUAUCUUCUUCAUUAUUCAAGCGCAUAGAAACGCCGGACCUAUAAAUAUGCAUAAUGCAGAAGUAAGACAAUACAAAAGCAGAUAAGAAUCUAUGGUAGAAAAAUAACUGGCCGAGUAAUUGAAUAUUUUAGGCUGUAACAUUAACAAAUAGCCGAAAAAACGAUGUUAGGAACUGGUGGAAUUUAUUACAGAUGUGACUAAGGUUUAUAGUCUUUCCAUUUAAUAACCAUGUAAAUGAAAUAAUGUAUACGGUGACACAAUUACUUGGUGAUUCUAAUGAAGCAAAACUAGAUAUUCAGGAUAUUCCGUGUAUAAACUGUUGGAAUUAUUUAAUGGCUUCAUUGAUAUUAUUCUUUGGAUUGCUGCUUGUAGGAUUUCCGAUACCUCAUAGUGAUUGGUUCCUUCAAAGAUUAUUUCCAAUCUCAGAUAACUAUGAUAAUCCAAUAUCAACUGAAUCUUGUAGUAUUCCAAGAUCAUUUAAUAUACAUUACAUUUCCAAGCAUCUUGGAUGCUUACAUUUAGUUAUAGCUUCCGGUAUGCUUUAUUCUCUUUCGAUGAUAAAAAUGAAUGGAAUCCAUGUAUCGCAAUUGUUAUCGUCUGCUUAUUCAGUGACUUUUGUGUCAGAUGGAAUAUACCCUUUGAAACAUCGAAUAAGAAAGAUUGGCAUAGCAAUGAGUUCUCUAUUUAGUGAACGCACUUUCCAAGCUGUAAAAUCGCAAAUAUGAACUUAUUUUUCAUGUUAAUAAUUAAAAUAAUAGUGAUAACACAAUCCUGCUAGACAUGAUAACAGUGAAGUAGAAUAAACAAAGGUAUUAAAAUGUUAUUUCUUUUUAUCAGGGAAACUAAUAAUAGUUUCGUUGUUGGGUGCUUGAAUAUUCGUCAGGAAGAUAGAUAGGGAAGUUAUAAUUAGGAAAGAAUGACUCAACACGAUAAGACAAAAUGUUGUAAUUGAGAUGAAAUGGAAUCAGGAGGAGGAUAGAAACAUAAAUAAAAGGUCCACAGAGAAGAUAGAAGUGGAAGCAGAUGGUCAUAAGGGAAUAAGAAAGAAAAUUAUGAGAGAUUAAGACCAAGAUAGAAGAAGAGGUUGUACCAAUCUCUUUUUGAACAUGUCAUUCUGGGUUUUCUAGGUGUAUAGCCUUUGCUUCGGCAAUGUUCAAAAGAUGCAAUAUAACUGCCUUUCUAAGCCUUCUACUUACCUUGGAGAUGACUUUGAACGCAGUGUCCUUUGGUUGAGUGACCUGUAUUCACAAGGUGUUAGAUUAUUGAGCUUCUUAUUGAGCCGUUUCUGUCUCUUUUUAACCAAACUGGGUAAUGUUUAUGGAUUCUUUUGGAAAAAGUACGCAUCGAACGGCCCAAGUACUUGGCUCCACAUGAACAGAUAGAUUGAUAAACGCAUAUCCAGUUGGUUAAAUGAGAUAAUUUGUCCCUAAGAUUAUUGACGAUCAUUGAUCGGCUGGAGAACAUUGUUCGUAAAGUUGCUCAGAAGAACGUUCUUUUUAGAGAAUCGUAAGUUCUUCUUUUAAGAACGCCUGUAACUCCAUCACCUUUGAAGUCGAUGUUCAUGUAAAGUAUUUUCUUUUCAACUGAGGUUAAUUGUCCUUGAAGGGGUUUGGGUUUUAAAUUCCUGUUGGUAAAUAUGGAAGAAUACCCGUUUUCGAUGAAUAUUUUCUUAAGGAUGCUCAGUUCGUUGUUCAUGACUUCGGGACUAUAAAUUCUUCGUAUUCGCUUAGCGAAUUAUGCAAUCAAGUCCCGUUCUCGACUAAUGGUGACACAGGUAUACAAGAUUGAUAGUUGAUCAAUCUUUCUUAUUUAAUGUUUUUGUUUUUUGUAAAUGGUUUUCAACUAAGACUUAAACCAUUUGUGUUACCAUUCAAAAAUAUCAAUCAAUGCAUCUAUAUUUUAUCCCAGUUACAGAUUUCUCAGUUAUACACAAUAAAGGCUAACCAUAAAUUUAACCCAAAGAAAAUAAUGUCUUGUGAAACCUCGUGGUCUUCAGACCAACAGUUUGUUUUCUUAAAGCUAAAAUUCUUAACUCGAAUCAACUUACUCUACCUCUCGACAAUCGGUUGAUAGUGACUGUCUCGAUCCCAACAUGGUUAAACUCCAUCAGUAACAAAUCUUAACUAGAGCGUUGAAAUUUUUCUUGAACUGAGUCUCCAAGUAGCACUCAAUGGUAAAACCAAUGUCAUUUUUAUGUAAAUUGUUUUGAUUUAUGGAUGUCUUUUGUUUCUGAUCAACAUCAACUCAGGCAACAUUAUUUUUCUGCUUUUCAAGUUAAUAAUAUUUUCUGACACUGUAUUUGUAUUUAGUACACUCAAACGAAGCAUAUAAUUAGUUAAGUGGCUGGUUUAUUUAGAAUGUAUUUCCUGUGCUUUUUAUCAUAUGAAAAACAACUAAGAAAUACUUAACAUUUUCAUAAAUCAUGAAGCUUUCACUGUCCUUCUAAACAAUAUCAUCAGCACAAACUGACAGCUAGUCCUGUCUAACUUGAUCUUCAACUUUUGCUUUCAUAACUAAAUCAUCCUGCUAAGAGAAUGAAACUUAACCAAAAUCAACCGCCUGAGCUAAAAAUUUCCUUAACCAUCUCAACUUACCUGAUACAUCGUGGUUUAGAUCGAUAUGUAUUUUGAUUAGGAAAAUUCUAUCUUAAAAAGUAAGGGAAACACAAUCACAAAUGAUCAUACUAAUAAUAGAAAAAGUACGGAAUUAUCAAUCUCUAUAAGUAGGAUGAAACAAACUUGGUGGAUGAAAAUCAGUAGAUCGGUAAAAUAAUUAGAUUAUUUAAUACUGUCUUGUAUUUAACUUCAGUCUUAACUUAACCGACUACUUUUUUUAUUCUUUUAUCUAUCAUCUUGUUGAUUUUUUGAAAACAGCUUGUUUUCUACUGAUAAAAAUCUUGAAAAAAAAAUUUUAUUCUACGAAUUUUUCUGUUUUUUGCUCGGUUUGAAAAAUCCCUUAACUGAUUCUGGAAACGAAUGAUUCUAAUCUACUAGUCUUUUCUUAAACUCAAUACUAGUUCCUAAUAUGAUUUGCUACCAGUUAAAUAAAGAAUCAAUUAAAAUGAACUUAAUACUUGAUAUUUCUUAGUUUUUACGUGACUUGUAACACAACUGACAAUUUGUCUAAGCAAAAAACUUGUUUUAUUUUAUUUGGAAAAUACUGAAAUAAGAAUGAGCCUUUUCCACUGUUGAACGAAAUAAAAACAAACAAACUAGAAAAUGUUUGUAUCUAGUUAAUCUAGUUUUAUAUUAUAUUUUGUAGUCAGAGAGCUAAAAUGAUACACUAACAAAUAAAUUGGAUGCACACUGUUGAGGAGCCACAUACUAGGAUGAAAUAGCCGUCCAGUGCUUCCAACUUUUCCAUGGUUGUCUAGCUUCAAUUGACUCAUGAUUUCAAUCAUAAAAUAUUGAAUAGUAAAUAAGCAUAUUUUUGGCGUUACUACCUAUAAAUAUUGAAUAGGUUUUGACGAUUAAAUAUAGAUAAUUUAAUAUUUUUAAAAUGCUGCUUGUGUAUAGAGAGAAAUUGUGUACAAAUAUUAUCGUUAUUCCAAUCCUUUACAUUCAAUUAUGUCAAUUGUUCCGCAUUAUUUAUUACUCUAAUGCAUAUUUGGUUGUAAGCAGCUGAUGAGAAACCACGAAAUAUAAUGAAUUCAUAUUAUUCUGCAUCAAUAUUUGUUCU